GUGGAUUACCAGCGCAUGUAUGGAACCCGCUGCAAUGGCUGUGGGGAAUUCGUGGAAGGAGAAGUAGUGACAGCUCUGGGAAAAACCUACCAUCCGAACUGCUUUGCCUGCACUGUUUGCAAACGCCCGUUUCCACCAGGAGACCGGGUUACCUUCAAUGGAAGGGAUUGUCUCUGUCAAAUGUGUGCUCAGCCAAUGGCAUCCAGUCCAAAAGAGAUCUCCAGCUCAAGCAAUUGUGCUGGCUGUGGAAGAGAUAUAAAAAAUGGCCAAGCGCUACUAGCACUGGAUAAGCAGUGGCACCUGGGAUGCUUUAAGUGCAAGGCAUGUGGCAAGGUCCUGACUGGGGAAUACAUCAGCAAGGAUGGCGCCCCUUAUUGUGAAAAGGACUACCAGGUUCUCUUUGGGGUCAAAUGUGAAGCAUGUCACCAGUUCAUCACCGGGAAGGUCCUAGAGGCAGGUGACAAGCAUUAUCAUCCGAGCUGUGCACGAUGCAGCAGAUGCAACCAAAUGUUCACGGAAGGAGAAGAAAUGUACCUACAAGGUUCCACUGUAUGGCAUCCCGACUGUAAGCAGUCCACUAAGGCAGAAGAUAAGCUACGGCCUACAAGGACAUCAUCUGAAAGUAUUUAUUCCAGACCAGGUUCCAGUAUUCCUGGCUCACCAGGCCAUACUAUCUAUGCAAAAGUAGACAAUGAGAUCCUUGAUUACAAGGAUUUAGCAGCUAUUCCCAAAGUCAAGGCCAUUUAUGACAUUGAACGUCCAGACCUAAUUACUUAUGAGCCAUUCUACACUUCCGCCUACGAGGAGAGACAGGAGAGACAGAGUCUUGGAGAGUCUCCAAGGACACUGUCUCCCACCCCGUCUGCAGAAGGUUAUCAGGAUGUUCGGGAUCGCAUGAUUCACAGGUCAACCAGUCAGGGCUCUAUUAGUUCUCCAGUGUAUAGUCGACACAGCUACACUCCCACAAUGUCACGCUCCCCUCAGCAUUUCCACAGACCUGGCAAUGAGCCGUCCAGCGGUCGGAACUCCCCUGUCCCUUAUCGGCCAGACAGCCGCCCUCUAACUCCAACUUACGUUCAGGCCCCUAAACAUUUCCAUGUUCCAGAUCAAGGCAUCAACAUUUACAGGAAACCACCCAUCUAUAAACAACAUGAUGCAACUGCUUUGGCAGCACAGAGCAAGUCCUCCGAGGAUAUCAUCAAGUCCUCCAAGUUCCCAGCAGCCCAUGCUCCAGCACCCAACGAGAUACCAAAGAUUGAGACAGACCACUGGCCAGGUCCUCCCUCACUUGCGGCUGUAGGAGCCGACAUGAGACGCAGAUCAAGUGGCAGAGAGGAAGAAGAUGAAGAGCUCCAGAGACGUCGGCAGCUACAGGAGGAGCAGCUCAUGAAGCUUAACUCAGGUCUGGGGCAAUUGAUAUUAAAAGAAGAAAUGGAAAAGGAGACUCGCGAUAGGCCACCUCUUUCAGCCAGUCGUUAUGAUUCUCCAAUUAAUUCAUCCUCACAAGCCUCGGCCUCCAAAACCUCCUCCCUCCCUGGCUAUGGAAGAAAUGGACUGCACAGGCCGGUGUCUACAGACUUUGGUCAGUACAAUAGUUAUGGGGAUGUGAGCGGUGAUGUUCGAGAUUUCCAGUCCCUCCCGGAUGGUCAUGUCCCCGGAAUGAGAAUGGACAGAGGAGUGUCUAUGCCUAACAUGUUGGAACCAAAGAUUUUUCCAUAUGAAAUGCUCAUGGUGACCAACAGAGGGCGAAAUAAAAUAUUACGGGAAGUAGACAGAACCCGGCUUGAGCGUCACUUAGCACCGGACAUUUUUCAAGAAAUAUUUGGCAUGACAAUACAAGAGUUUGACAAGUUACCUCUUUGGAGACGCAACGACAUGAAGAAGAAAGCAAAACUCUUUUAA